AUGCGUCAACUAUUUUCCUUCGCUUUGCUCUCGUUCGUUUCCUUUUCCUCUCUUCUUUCUUCAGCAUCCGCCGCCGCGGCAGACUACCACGAACAGCUCGUCCUUCGACCACUGCCUCUGUCGGCACUUUUAGCAAGCUUCAAUUUCCGAUCCAACACUUCGCUCUCCGAGUUUGAAGCGCACAACUUCCGAUUCUUCCCUCGAUCGCUCGGACAAAUUCUCCAACAUGCCGGCACCCAAGAGCUGCACCUGAGGUUUAGCCUGGGGAGGUGGGAUUCCGAGAGCUGGGGCGCGAGACCAUGGGGCGGCGCCAGGGAAGGGGGAACAGGCGUCGAGCUGUGGGCUUGGCUGCAAGCUGCGACGGACGAGGAGGCCGAUCACAAAUGGCUGACGCUGACGAAUGCGCUCUCUGGCCUCUUUUGCGCCUCGCUCAACUUCAUCGAUGGCACCCGAACCACCCGACCCGUUAUGUCCUUCCAGCCCGAGGGCGACCAUCUGAAUAUGACUGCCGCCGACACACAUUUGCUCUAUGGCGUUCUGCCCCAUGAGGUGGUGUGCACCGAGAACCUUACCCCUUUCCUGAAGCUUCUACCAUGCAAGGGCAAGGCGGGCAUUGCCACCCUGCUCGAUGGACACAAGCUGUUUGAUGCCUCAUGGCAGAGCAUGGCUAUUGAUGUCAAGCCUAUCUGCCCCGCCGGUGCAGAGUGCGUCUUGCAGAUCGAGCUGACCAUAGAUAUGGUCCUUGAUAUUGACCGGUCCAAACGGCCGAGGGGUAACCCGAUUCCUAGGCCCCCUCCCGGCCAUGAGCUCCCCUGCAAUACCUCGAAACCGUACCACGCGCCCGACACGUGCUUCCCGACCGAUCACCAGGCCAACCAAGACUGGACGCUGUCCCAAAUCUUUGGCAGAACGAUGAAGGGAACAUGCCCCUUGACAGACCCAGCCGUUCCACCGGUUUGCCUCCAUGUUCCGGAUUCGCGCAGCGUUUUUCACUCCGAUGGCGUCCUCGAAAAGAAGAAUCUCGACCGGGUUUCGCGCUGCUUUGAGAUCCAGCCAGACGUUGAUUUCGAGAUUGUGCUACCGGCCCCGGAAGAUGAGUCAGCUGUUGUCGUCAAACCAGAGACUCCUUUGCUAUACGCCGAGCGCAGCUUCACGGGUCAUGGCCAGGAACGCGGUGGUGUGCAAACCAUCCUACACAACCCAAGUCCCGACACGGAAGUCGAGUUUGUCUACAUGGAGUCUCUUCCGUGGUUCAUGCGCAUCUACCUGCACACCAUGUCCGCUCGUAUUCAGGGGCAGACCGCCAAGGACGACUCCUUGAUCAAGGAGGUCUACUAUCGCCCGGCUGUCGACCGUGCAAGGGGCACGCAGCUCGAAGUGCGCAUGCGCGUCCCGCCAGCAUCCACCGUCUUCUUGAUUUACGACUUUGAGAAAUCCAUUCUCCGAUAUACCGAAUACCCCCCGGAUGCCAACAGAGGGUUUGAUGUUGCGGCUGCCGUCAUUACCAUUUUGAGCCCGGCUGCCUACAACCUCCGAACCACGUCCUUGUUGUGCAGUUUGCCGACCCCGGAUUUCAGCAUGCCAUAUAACGUUAUCAUUUUUACUUCUACAGCUAUCGCACUGGCAUUUGGAGGCAUGUUCAAUAUCCUGGUGAGGAGGUUCGUGGCUGCGGAUGAAGGGCCUGAGGUGGGUCUGGCUGCGCUCAAGAAGAGGAUUCAGGAGCGUGUUGGUUUGUUGGUGGAAAAGCUCAAGAAGGGCAAGACUGGCAACGCCUCAGAUGAAUCAGGCACAAAACCUGACAAGCUUGAGACCGUUGACACGGCCCAAAGCAUAGAGGGAGCUUUGAAGGAGUGA